ACGGCCAAGUCACAUUACAUAGCGACGCUGUUUGUAGCACAUUCGCACAUAACCUUACGUACUUGUCGCCGGUACUAGUUGAAAUUUCAUUUACAAUUUCGCUUUAAGUGAACGAUCAAUCUUUAACAAUGGCGUACAAAGGACCACCAAAAGUGCAAAAAGUUAUGGUACAACCCAUCAACUUGAUCUUCCGUUAUCUUCAAAAUCGUUCACGUGUGCAAGUUUGGUUAUUCGAGAACGUUAAUCUUCGCAUCGAGGGACACAUUGUUGGCUUUGACGAGUACAUGAAUCUCGUGUUGGACGAUGCCGAGGAAUAUCACGUCAAGACCAAAAACAGGAAACAACUUGGUCGCAUUAUGCUAAAAGGCGAUAAUAUUACGUUGAUACAGAAUACUAAUCCUAGUGCUAAUUAGGAGCCGUUCUUCGUUGUAUUAUAAAUUUAAAUAAUACAUACCUUCGAUAGUUAAUGAACUUUUACUUGUCAAUUUGUUUUGAUCAAUAAAAUGCAAGUGUAAACAAAAAACUGAAUGGCAACCAAAACUCAUUGAGUGCUCAAUGUAUGCAUAGCAUUGUAUCGAAUUAAAUAUAAAAUGUAACUCUUGUAAAAAAAGAAUUAAACUGUAAGUUUUUAAAAAAGUUUAAA